GCCCAUUGUGACGCGGGCCAGCGGGCAGUCCAGGCGGCGGGAGUCUGGGGUGGGGAGUGCGGGAGCUAUGGUUGAGCCGCAGGAGCAGCUGCUGCAGCUGCAGAAGGACAACCGCGAUGGUCGUCUGCGGAAGCAGGAGCUGGAGGAGCUGGUGCGUGGGCUGGAAGCCGAGAGCGAGAGCCUCACCGGGCGCCUGGACGAGCUGCGCGAGCGCGAGCGCAGCCUGCAGCGGAGACGAAGCCAAGCGUCGCGGGCUAUACGAGGGGAGGCGCGCGAGGCGGCGCGGGAGCGCGCAGAGCGGGCUCGUGGACUGCUGGAGGCGGCGGAGCAGCACCGGCUGGACCUGGAGCAACACAAUCGGAAGCUGCAGGAACAGUGGGAGGAGCUGUCCAGCCAGCUUUUCUACUACGGAGGAGAACAGCUGAGUCAACAGCGAGCAGAGCAGCAACUGGGGACUCAGCUCCUGGCACUGCAGGUUCUUGACAUCACUUGGAUCCUCCCGAAGAAACAUCUGGAGCUGGCAGAGGCCAAAUUCACCAUGCAAGCAGAAGGCCUGCGACAGGGCGCACAGCGUACGGAAGAGGCCUGGGCUAGUUUUCAGGAGCAGAGUGGAGUUCUGCAGGAGCUGCAGGGAAAGGUGAUGGAGGCAGCAGCUGCGCUGGAGGCUACGCGCGGUGGCUCGGAACCGUGGAACUCGCAGCCUCGUCGGGUGCAGGACUGCGCGGGCUCACUCAUGGAGGAGGUGGCCAGAGCCGACUGUGAAAAACGGCUGUUUGGCGGUGCGGGCGCGGGGAGCAUCAGGCUGUGGGCGCUGAGUGCUCUGCAGACGCUGCUGCUGCUCCCGCUGGGCUUCCUGGCGCUGCCGAUGCUUUACGUGGCGCUGGCGAAGCCCGACACCGACGGCUCUGGACUCCCGAGUAGUCUUGGCUCAGACGCAGUCUUCCGCCGGCUGCGCUACACGCUGUCGCCUUUGCUUGAGUUGCGCGCUCGCGGACUGCUGCCUGCUUAGAGCGCAUCAUGCUGACUUCGGCCGCCUGCACCUGUCUCUUUGUGGUCUCUGGGGUGUCUGCCUGUGUGCAAAGGGCGGGAUGGAGCUUGUGUGUUCCUUGUCACCUGGGCGUAGCGGGGCUGCUGGAAUGCCCAGGCUGUCCUUGGUGUCACAGCCUUGGCUACUGAGUCCCGGCCCGACCCCCUAAGGAGUCGUUUGGUACUGUGAGCCUGAGCUUUGGGCAGGGCUCUGGCCUGUCCGUUCCCCUCUGGGGUGUGUUGUUUUCCUCGGAUGCGCAGUUACCCUAGAUCCCCCACAACAUUGGGGUUCCCUCUGGGCAGGUUUGAAUUUGCCAAACCCAAACUUCCUCACAGCAUGUGAGCACACCGAUAGUGUGUGCUUACCACUGUGGACUUCGCGGGGAACAUGCUAGUAUAUGAGGAAUGAUUACUGGAAAUUAACCUGUCGAAUUUUGAUCCUGCACAUAUAAGCUCUAGACCACUUAUUUGGAGUUGGGUGUCUCAUGGUAGGCCAUCCCAGCUUUGAACUCACAGUGUAGCUGAGUGAUCCUGAACUACUUCCUGCCUGCACCUCCUGGGGGUUUGGAUUGCAGGCAUGAGCCACCAAGUGUGGCUGAUCCUGUAUGGGGAUUAAACAAACCAUUUGUGAAUGCUGAGCUAGAACCACGACAGUUAAACAAUUGCAGCUUUUCUGGUAAGUUUAUUGGCGACUCACUUAAUGGCCUGACAAAAUGGUCUGUAAAGAUGAGCAUGGAGAAAGCA